AUUGUACACCCCCUCUACCAACAAGCUAGAUUUUGUCCACAAAGAACAAAUAAGUUAGCAAGCAAGCUAUGACUGCUGACUUCUACUGUGUUUUGCUGCUACUUGCAGCUAGAUCCCUGAAAAAAAACAAAAAUAUAGAACAAAGAAAGUAAAAAAAAGAAUGAAUAACAUGCUGAUUUUGUUUUCCUUAUUGUUGAAAAUAUAAAUUGAAACUUUGAUCAAGAAUUUCAUUUUUUAUUGAAUUCGAAUUUAUGAUUAUAUCAUUUUACUCAUCUAAAUCUGUGAUCUCUCUUUGUGUGUGUGCCAUCAUUCCGAAUUAUAUAUUUGUUGCCAUAUUUUAUGUAUAUGAUGUUCUAAGCAAGUGAAGAUUCUCUCAACCACCAACAAGUCAGAAUCCAAAAUGUCUUCCAAAUCUUUAUCAAUGCUUGAUUCAUCAGAAGAAUCUAGUUCUCAACAACAACAACAACAGCGGCCAAAACGUUUAGCAGCUCAAAGAGCUAAAGUAUAUCUAAAUGAUAAUCUUGAUCAUUGGAAUGAGGAACGUGCAUUACAAAAAGCAUUGGAAGCAAGUCUAGUGGAUGAAGCGGCAAGAAUUAGUGUACAAUUACAAAGGCAACGACAACGAAAUCACGAUCAAUAUACGGAUACGGAAGAAGAAGAUAACAGUAGUGGUGAUCAAGACGAAGACGAUUGUAGUAAUAGUAGUGAUUAUACAACAGCAACAGGAACAACUCAUUCGAUCAGUAGUGAUACCGAAAUGGGUCCAAGACAAAGUCAACAAUCGAAGAGUAGCCAAAAUAAUUCAAUAUCAUCAGCAUCGAAAAAGAAAAAUCGAAUUAACAAUAGUGGUUGUAAAUCGGUUAAAAAUCAAACACAAACCACUACGAAUAAUAAUCGAAUGAAGAGUAAAAAAACUAAUCGAUCAUCGAACGGUAAUAAUUCUCGUACAUCAUCAUCAACAACAACGAUGAAUGGUAAAGAUUCAUCAAAUAAAAUAUGUAGACAAAAUGGAAAAUCUCGAACAUUAAAAAAACCGAAUGAGGAUGAUUCGAUUACUAAUAAUAAGAAAAAUGCAGUUUCUGGUAAUAGAAAAUCGAAUUAUGGUAAACAUCAUACGUCACAUGGUGGAUCAUCAUCAAUCGAUUCAUGUAUCGAUAGUAAUAAUCGCCGUCAUCAGAUGGUUGCAGCAAAAUCCGAUGAUGACGACGAUGAGGACGACGAUAAUGAUGAUGAUGAAAAUUAUAUCAAUAAUAAUGAUAAUCAUCAUCGAAAUUUAGGCAAUGAAUAUCAUCACGAAGAUGAUGAUGCUGGUGAUGGCGAUGAAGAAAAAUCGAAUAUAAAAUAUUUGGAUGAUGUACAUAUACGUCGUACUGUUGCAGCACAACGUAAAUUUGCCAUCAAUUCAAUUGUUUAUAAAUUAUCCAAUCAAAAGCUAUCAUCAUCACCACCGAAUGAAAUGAAUCGAAUGAAUGAAAAUAUCAACAAAGAACAACAGCUUAAAAAAUUUGAAUUAUUUCCAAACAAAUUGAUCAAUUCGAAUGAUUUUGUUACCUGGAUGUGUCAUGCAGAUGUUGAUGAUCUAUUUCGUUGUAAUCAUUUGAUUGAAUUUCCACGUACAUAUCGUUAUCGUGAUAUUUAUCCACAGGAUUAUGCAAUGGGAAAAUAUCAUGAUAUCAAUGAUAGUAAUGAUGAUGAUGAUGAUGAUGACGAAGAACAAACCGAUUCAGAUGAAGAUGAAGUAGAUGAUUCGUUAUCAUCUAAUACCGAUUCUGAUGAUGAAGAAGAUGAUGAUAAUGAUGGUAAAAACGAUGAGGAAAUCGAUGAUGAUGAAGACGAAGUUGUAUUCGAAGAAUCAAAAACAAACAAAACAACAUCAUUACGAAAUAAUCGUCAUUGUUCAACACCUAAUAAAUCUUCUAAGAAAACCACUACCCAUUGUCGAAUGACUCGAUUUGGAUCAAGACAAAAUAAUAAUAAUAAUAAUAAUGUUUCCACCAUUAAUAAAGCAAAUCGAUUGAAUCGUCGUGCAAAACCUACAGCAAUUGUUGAUUAUCUAUCGGAAGAUUCUUCAUUAUAUUCAAAUAAUAAUCAAGAAAAAGAAGAAGAAAACAAUGAUGAUGAUGAUGAUGAUGAUGAUGAUUUUAACAAACCAAUCAUCUUGGAACCUCGUAUAACACGUUCGAAUAAAAAAAAAGAUCCAAUGGAACUAGAUAAUGAAAGAAUGAAGAAAAAUACAAAAUCACCGAAACGUUCACGUAAAAAUACUGAAGAGAUUAGAGAACGUGCCCUACAAUAUUAUACUGAUCUAAGAUAUCGUAUGAAAGAUAUUGAACAUAAAUAUCAACAAUUAAGAUAUCAACGUUGUGAUCGUAAUAAUAAUCCAAAUAUGAUGAUCAAUCCACAACCAUCAUCAUCAACAUCGUCAUUAUCAUUGAAUAAUAAUAACAACAAUAAACAAACUAUAAAACGUCUACAAUGUACAUCGGUUUCAUUUUCUUCAACAUCAUCAUCAUCAUCAUCGUCAUCAAGUUCAUCAUCAAUUGAUGAUUCCGAUGAUAUUGAUGAACAGAAACCAAGAAUUUCACAACACAGACAACGUAGAUCAUCAUCAACAGCUGAAGAUAAUGCAGCGGCAACAAUGAAUUCAUUGAGACGUAUAAAAACAUUACGAAAAGCAGUUAUGCGAAAGAUUAAAAAAGAUGAUAAUGUAAAACAUAAAGAUGGACAACAUGUACAACAGCAACGGAAACAAACAAAACGUUCGUUUAUGAUACCAAUUCAUCAUCAAUCUGAAACACUUUCAUCGGAUAUACAGCAAAAUACAUCAUUCGAUAUACGAACACGAGCAUCAAUGCGUCGUACACGGCAAAGUAAAUCACAACAUAGAAAUCGUUCGAAAAAUAAUUUUCUCUAUCAACAAUAUGAUGGUAAUCAUAAUGAACAUAGCUAUAGCAACCAUAGCAGUAGUAGUAAUAUUAAUAAUAAUAAUCCACAAUCCAAUGCUAUCGAUUCAUGGAAUUCAUCUGCUAAAAAAACCAUAGAUAAUGAUAGUUCCAAAAUUUCAGCUUCAAAUAAUUCCAUUUCCACCUGAUUCGAAUCAGACAUUCAAAUUUAUUAAAAAUCUUACUGCCUAUUAUUAUUAUUAUUAUAUAAACAUUCUAAUCAUACUCUUUCUUUU